AUUUACUGGUUGUUACUGUGGCAACAGAGGAGAAUGAUGGUUUCCGUCUGUUCAUGAGAUCCAUAAAAAAAUAUGGAUUGGAUGUUAAAGUGUUUGGACUGGGAACCAGCUGGCAGGGAGGAAGCAUGCAGUCAGUUGGAGGAGGGCAGAAAGUCAACAUCCUCAAGGAAGCCCUGAAGCCAUACAAGAACAAUGAGAAUCUCAUCAUUAUGUUUACUGACAGUUACGAUGUUGUGUUUACUGAUGGAAAGGAGGCCAUCUUGGAGAAGUUUCUCAAAUUUCAGUCCAGGCUGGUGUUUGGGGCAGAGGAUACCUGCUGGCCAGAUAGAUCCUUAGCAGACAAGUAUCCUAUUGUUAAGGAGUCAGAGAAGCGGUUCCUGAAUUCAGGAGGUUUCAUUGGCUAUGCCAGGGAAGUGUACGAUCUGGUCAACUAUCAACCUGUCAAAGAUGGCGAUGAUGACCAGCUGUACUACACCAGACUCUUUCUCAAUCGGGCACUCAGGCAUGAAUGGAAUAUAAAGCUGGAUACCAGAGCAGAGAUCUUUCAGAAUCUUAACUUUGCUUUAGGUGAGAUAGUGCUGAAAUACAAGGGCUCACACAGUUACCUGUACAAUAUUAAAACGGGUACCAGCCCCAUCGUUGUGCAUGGAAACGGGCCCAUUAAGCCAGAGUUUUACCGCCUGGCCAACUACCUGGCUGAUGGGUGGACAGUCAGUAAUGGCUGCCUUUCCUGUAAGGAGGAUUUGCUGGAUUUGUCUUCUGUGAAGGAAGCGGAUUAUCCUACUGUGCUGAUAGCUCUGUUUGUGGAACAAGCAACCCCAUUUUUACGAGAGUUCUUUCAAAGAGUGGCUUCACUUGAUUAUCCCAAGGAUAAAAUUGAUGUCUAUAUCCAUAAUAAUGUCAACUUUCACAACAAAGAAGUAGAAAAGUUUGUACAGGAGAAUGGGACAUUGUACCGGAGUGUCCGAGUUGUGUCCCCAUCUGACAGUGUAGCAGAGGGUGUUGGCAGGAACUGGGCAAUAAACGAGUGUGUCACCAAAAACUGCCAUUAUUUGCUGACGGUGGACUCCGUGGUGCAGAUUACCAAGCCCAGUUGUUUGAAAGAUUUAAUUAAACAGAACAGAUCGAUUGUGGCACCCAUGCUGAAACGUCCAUCCAAAUUAUGGUCCAACUUUUGGGGUGCUCUCAACCCUGAUGGCUUCUACGCUCGGUCUGAGGAUUACAUGGAUAUUGUCAAUUACAUCAAGGUUGGGUUGUGGAAUGUCCCGCACAUCACCAACAUCAUGCUGGUACAGGGCCGCCAUCUGCCAGCACUCAAGGAUGCUUACACCUACAACACAAAUGUUGACCCUGACAUGUCAUUCUGCCAGGCUGCCAGAGAUAAGGUAAUUUUCUUAUACCUGACCAAUCAGGACGACUGGGGCCAUCUGGUUUAUCCUGAUGAGUUUGACACUACCCGUUUGCAUCCAGAACUUUGGGAAAUCUUCAACAAUCGUUUGGAUUGGGAGAAGAGGUACAUACAUCCCAACUAUUCCAAGUCUCUUGAGGAGAAUGCUGUCUUUGAAAUGCCUUGCCCCGAUGUUUACUGGUUCCCCAUCGUCAGCGACACAUUUUGUGACGAGUUUGUGGCUGAGUUUGAGCAUUUCGGGAAAUGGUCCAGUGGCAAGAAUGAGGAUCCACGACUCGCUGGUGGCUACGAGAAUGUCCCCACAGUCGACAUCCAUAUGAACCAAAUUGGACUCGAGAGGCACUGGCUGCAUUUCCUCCGAGAGUUUGUCAGGCCGCUGCAGGAGAAAGUCUUCCUUGGAUAUUUUCAUGAUCCUCCCCAUGCAAUCAUGAACUUCAUUGUGCGCUAUCGACCAGACGAGCAGCCAUUGCUGAGGCCCCACCAUGAUGCCUCCACCUACACCAUCAACAUUGCUCUCAACACCCCUGGCCUGGAUUUUGAGGGAGGAGGUUGCCGAUUCCUGCGCUACAACUGCAGCAUCACAUCACCCAGGAAGGGCUGGAUGUUCAUGCACCCUGGCCGCCUGACCCACUAUCAUGAGGGUCUCCGAACCCUCUCUGGAACCCGUUACAUCAUGAUUUCUUUUAUUGACCCCUAA